AUGAUUUUCGGCUACUGUAAAUUGGGGAAUGUGAUUGAGGCUGACUUGAAUAAUGAUCUGGGCAGUGCUUUUCGGGUUUUUGAGCUAAUGCCGGACAAGGGCUGUCCGCGGGAUGUGGUUUCGUAUAAUUAUUUGAUUCAUGGCCUUUGCGAGGCUGACCGGGUUGAUGAAGCCUUUGAGUUGUUGUCUCGCAUGGAGAAGGAUGAUUGCUUUCCUCAAGUGCGGACCUAUAAUGUUCUUGUUCAUGGGUUUUGUAGACUGGGGAGGAAAUUGGAAGCUGUGAGUUUGUUUAGGGAGAUGAGUGAAAAGGGUUGUGAACCUGAUGUGUGGACUUAUAAUGUGCUUGUUGAUUGCGAGUGUAAGGAGGGUGAGCUUGAUGAAGCUAGAAAUUUGCUGAAACGGAUGUUGGAGAAAGGGCUGGUCCCUGAUGUUGUCACGUAUACUGCACUGAUUGAUGGGUAUUGCAAGGAGGGUGAAGUUGAGGUUGCUUUUGAGAUUUUGGCUUCGAUGGAAUCAAAUAAUUGUUGUCCAAAUGCUCACACGUACAAUGCUUUGAUUUAUGGGUUUUGUAAAAGAAAUUAUGUGGAACGAGCAAUGGCACUGCUCGAUAAGAUGCUUGCACGAAACCUCUCGCCAGACUUGAUUACAUUUACCUCACUAAUUCAUGGGCAGUGUCAAGCAGGUCAUUUGGAUAGUGCUUAUAGGUUGCUUCAUUUGAUGAAUCAUAGUGGUUUGGUUCCUGACCAGUGCACUUACACUGUACUAAUUGAUGCUCUCUGCAAGAGGGGUAGAUUAGAGGAAGCUCAAGCCCUAUUUGAAUCUCUCAAGGAGAAAGGCAUCAAGUCAGAUACAGUGAUAUUUACCGUCCUAAUUGAUGGGUUUUGCAAGGCUGGAAAACUCAGUGACGCCCUUUCUUUGUAUGAUAGAAUGCUUACUGAGGAUUGCUUGCCAAACUCUUACACCUACAACGCCUUGUUAGAUGGGCUAGGCAAGCAUAGUAAAAAGACAGAAGCAUCAGUAGUGCUGCAGAAGAUGUUAAGUUCGGGUGUGAAGCCUAAGGUUUGUGGUUAUACAAUUCUGAUCCACCAAGUUCUUCAAGAUGGUGACUUUGACCGAGCCCAUAGGCUUUUCAAUCAGAUGGAGUCUGCUGGUAACCAACCUGAUGUAGUUACUUUUGGUGUGUUUAUUAGUGCAUAUUGCAGCACAGGGAAUAUAAAACAAGCAGAGAAGAUGAGGAAUAUGAUGUACGAUGCUGGAAUCACUGCAAAUUCAUGGAUUUAUACACUUAUAAUUGACGCAUAUGGGCGUAUGGGAUUAGUAGAUUGUGCAUUUGACGUUCUCAAGUACAUGUUUGAUGCUGGUUGCCAGCCUUCUCAUCAUACCUAUUGUUCUCUAAUCAAGCAUCUUUCACAUCAGAACUUGGUUAAGACAAAUGAUGGUAUGGUUUCAAGGUUCUCAUCCACGGGUAUUCCUAAUAUAUGGAAGACAAUGGAUUUUAAGAUUGCUUUAGAGCUCUUCGAGAGGAUGGUUGGACAUGACUGUGCUCCCAAUUUGAACACGUACAGGGAGCUUAUAACAGGACUGUGCAAGGAAAGGAACUUGGAAGUGGCCCAGAGCUUAUAUGGCCACUUGAGAAAUAUGGGUAUGUCUCCAAGCGAGGAUAUUUACAAUGCUCUUCUUAAUUGUUGCUGCGAGUUGCAAUUGUAUGGAAAGGCAGUGGAGCUGGUGGAUACUAUGAUUGAGCAUGGGUUUUUACCUGCGCUAGAGUCAUGCAAGAUGCUUUUAUGUGGGCUUUUAGAUGAAGAGAAUAGUGCAAAGGCAUAUUCCGUUUUUCGUAGAAUGCUAUGCUGUGGGUAUAACUAUGAUGAAAUAGCUUGGAAAGUUCUCCUUGAUGGUUGCGUUAAGAGGGGUCAUUUAAAUAGUUGCUCUGAGUUACUAACCAUAAUGGAGAAGAUGGAUUGCCAGCUACACCCUGAGUCGUACUCAAUGUUGAUUCAGGGACUCUAUGGAACUUAAAACUUAUCAUCUUGUUUUAUCUGGAUAUGGUUGUAUCUAUAAUGGAAAACCAAGACAAUUGAUGUGGCCUUAAAAUGCCUUCCGAAAUCACAGUACUUACUUUGAUCUGCUAGCUAUAUGAACGGAGGGACUCAUGACCAUCUUCACAGAUUCGUGUUUCUUAUGCUUAUUGCUCAGAGGUUGUGGAGAUUAUAAUCUGAGCUAUAGAAGAAUUCGACAAUUUGAAAAUUCAGCCACAUUUGCUUUCUUUUGAUGCUGAAGAAGUGAGGAGCUAAGAGUGUCA